AUUGCGGACUCUUCCAGAGAGGGCGGCAGAACGCAGGGCCGAAGGCGCGCGAGCGGAGAGAAAAGAAAGAGAAAGUCCGCGCGCUCCCAGCUCCUCACCGGGGCGAAGCGCGAGGCAGGACAGACCGCGCGCCACAUGGAGGGGGCUGGCGGGCGAAGUUAGGCGCCGCAGCCUCGGUUUCCGAGGCGAGAGGACGAAGCGGCGGCCGGCCGGCCAACCGGGAAACGCUCCGCAUGCGCUGCUCGAACGAGCUCAGGUCUCCUUCCCUUCCUCCCGACCCGAGGCUUAUCCAAGGAGCUCCUGGCUUGUUGUUAUUGACGAGCGUCCCCCACUGGGCACCACCAUGGUGGACAGGGGUCCCCUGCUGACGUCUGCCAUCAUCUUCUACCUGUCCAUCGGGGCAGCUAUUUUUGAAGUCCUCGAGCAACCUUACUGGAAAGCAGCGUCAAAUGAGUACAAGUCCAAGAAAACGCAGCUCCUCAAAGAGUUUCCCUGCCUAGGCCAGGAAGGGCUGGAUAAGAUCUUAAAGAUCGUGUCAGAAGCUGAUGGGCAAGGGAUUUCAAUUGAUGGCAAUGACACUUUCGACUACUGGAACUGGCCAAAUGCGGUUAUCUUUGCUGCUACUGUGAUUACAACCAUUGGAUAUGGAAAUGUUGCUCCUAAGACUCCAUCUGGGCGGCUUUUCUGUAUAUUCUAUGGACUCUUCGGUGUUCCUCUCUGCUUAACGUGGAUCAGUGCUCUGGGGAAGUUUUUUGGUGGGCGUGCGAAGAGGCUGGGCCAAUUUCUGACAAAGAGAGGAGUAAGCUUGAGAAAAGCACAAAUUACAUGCACAGCCAUUUUCAUCAUCUGGGGAGUCCUAAUCCAUCUAGUCCUUCCACCCUUUGUCUUUAUGGCGACUGAAGGCUGGACUUAUAUCGACGGGCUAUACUUUUCAUUCAUCACUAUUACCACCAUAGGAUUUGGAGACUUUGUUGCUGGUGUGAAUCCAAGUGUCAAUUACCAUUCCCUGUACAGAUACUUUGUGGAGCUCUGGAUUUACCUGGGCCUGGCUUGGCUUUCCCUGUUUGUUAACUGGAAAGUUAGUAUGUUUGUAGAGGUUCACAAAGCAAUCAAGAAACGAAGGAAAAAAAGAAAGGAGUCUUUUGAAAAUCACCCUCCUGCCAAAAAAGCUCUACAAAUGUCUAACACAAAAGACGUGAACAUUUUCAGCUUCCUUUCCAAGAAGGAAGAGACUUACAAUGAUCUCAUCAAGCAGAUUGGGAAGAAGGCUCUCAAAACGAACAAUGACAGAAACCUAAAAGCUGAGCAAACUCUACCAGUCUUGCAGCAUGGCAGCUCAGAUAUGAAGGUGCUGUACACAAAGAACAAGUUAUUUGACUAUGAUGAAGUUUCUCUGAGUCUUCAAAACUGUCAUGUCAUGAGGCAUCUGACUGACAAGCGUGUUGGGGAUAGCCCAGUCGAGGGGCCUGUUUUCGUAAAUCAACUAGACCGUAUCAGUGAGGAAGAAGGAGAAGCAUGGGAUUCCAGGGAUUAUCGACCACUGAUCUUUGAAAAUGCCAAUAUAACUUUUGUAAAUGAGGAUGAUGAUGAAGAGGAGGAUCUUUCAGAUGAUGAAGAAACAUCAAAAUCUUCUGUGGAUGAUAAUCUUGUAGAAGACCCCGAGAAUCCAAAAAAACUGGUGAAAUUUUCAUCUUCUGACGAAUCUACCUUUACUAGUAAUGAACUAGAAGUAUCUGUACCUUAUGAGCAGUUAAUGAAUGAGUACAAUUCAGUGAAUAAUUCAAAAGCUGCAACGUGAAGAAAUGCUUGUCUACUCACUGGUUUUCUGAAGAGCAUUUAAUGUAGAUUAUGAGCAGAUAAGCAUGGGAAGAAGAAUUCAUUUUCUGGCGUUUUCCGCUGCUGUAGCCUUCCUUAUGCAAACCGAAAGCAUCCAAUGACUGUUAACUGCAGUUAUUUAUCAGCUUUGGUUUUUGACUGUGAAUUGACAGUUAAAUUUGUGGGGUCCUGUUCCAUUUUUGAGAGUUAUUAAAAGUUAGGAAGAAAAACGUAGAGAUAUCACAUGGGAUUUAUUCAGAAUUUGUUUUCUUUUUGGUGAUGAGUGAAGCUCUAAUUCUGCAGUCCAAUUUGGAUCAGUGCAAGGCAUGAUAGGUGCUCUGAUUUCUUCAGCUCUGAAAAACUGAACAGAGGUCAUGCCCAGGCACAAAAUGUUGGUGGUAUUGGCCUAACUGCACAUCCCAAACUCCCUCUCACACAAUGAUAUUUUCCUUCUCUUUUAAGAGAUGCUGUGAACUGGAAGAAUAAAGUAUUCUGAAAGUUCAUUGAAUUAUACCAACUUGGUUUACUAGUGAGCUUGAAAGUUUUUUUUUGUUUUUUUAAAAGCAAGUUUGGAAUUCAGAGCUGAUUUCGAGGGAACACCUUUUACUGAAGACACUACCUGUGAUUAAAUUCUCAUCAUGGUCAUGGAAAGCACAUUGAAAUGAACAUCUCAGAAUAAUAACAAAGAACAGUACAAGAAGAUAUGUGGAGGACAAAUUUAAAGAUGAAGAAAUGCACAACGACAAACUUGGUUUUGCAUAAGAAGUGCCCUUUAACUGUCCAUACUCUAGAGGAAAUACUUGAAUAAACUUUAUAUGCUAGUGUCUCUAUGUGAAGUUUAGUGACGCUGCAUUUUCUGACGUGUUUUGAAUAGCAAAACAUAGCCUGAAUAUCUUUAUUUUCAUCUGAAGGAUCUAAGAGCUGCUUUAAAGUCCUUUGUACAUGUUAUGUUCAGUGGCUGCACUCCUAAAAAAACUUUAUUUCUUCUGCCCUCUCAACUCUAGUUGAUAGUUUAAAUCAGAUUAGAUAGUAUGUUUAGUGGCUACAUAAAUAUUUUCCCAUAGUUUUUUUUAAAAAUGAUAAUCUACCCUAGGUAAUUUAGCUGUGCAAUGGCAAGGAAGUAAUUAAUUCAGUGGUUAGUGUCCCUUUUGAGAAGCUGAGCACCACCUACAGUUUCCCAAGUUACUGGAGCUAAGUAGUUGUACUGAGCAACCCAAUUCUCAUAGUGCUUUCUAGCAGCAUCACUUCUAAGCUGAGGAUGAGGUUGUGAAUCACUGUUUAAAACUGUGUGUUGGGCUGCCACUGAUUCCAGUACGAAAUAGAAGAAAUCAUGAGUGGGAAGCCCUGGAGGGGCAAAUUUCAAACAUUAUAAAAGGCCAAAUGGAAUUUUGCAAUACAAUCUUGUACAAUUAAGUAUAUUUAGAACUGUAUUGAUUACUGCUUAGCUUUGGAAUUGUUGGUGUAGAGGUGCUCUGAUUUCUUAAAAGAUUCCUCCAAUCAACCAUACACUCCUAUUUUUUUAAAAAAAAACUCCUCAGAAGGACACCUUGAAGACAUUUGCUGCCAAAAAAGGUCACUCUUCAUUUCUGUUCAGAAAUUUUGUACUGUACAUGCAAGGAAGUUUUGGUCCUGUGUUAAUGCUUUUUCUGGGUGGGAAAUUAUUGCCUUGUGUUUGCAUGUGUUAUCUCGGGCAUGGGCUGAAACGCAGCCCAAAUUGCAAUGGGCAACUGGGAGGCUACUAUUAUCCUUGGAGCCCCAGGGGCUGGUUCUUCUUGCUCCCCCCACCCCCAUUGGCUUUGAACAGCCAUGAAUGAAGAUGAUCUUUUUGUUUUAAAAAAAUCAUCGAAUAGCUUCAUUCUGUCUCAAAAGUGGCAUUCUGAUGGCAGAUAAUACACUGUGAGCUCUAAGCUGUAACCUCUUUUUGUUCUGAAAGUGCCCAUCCUCUUAGAAAAAUAAACUCCAUGAAGCAGGUGUUUUGGUGUGUCUUCCAUGACUGGAAGGCUAAAAGGUUCCUCUCUGCUGCACUAAAAGAGAUGGGCUGUAUGGUGCACGGAAGACAGUUAUAGGAACAAUUAACAGAUGAUCUGUGUUCAUCUUAAAAUGUGGCUUCUCUUCUGUGUAAUUACUGCAGCACAUGCAAAGCUGGACAAAAUAAAUAGGCAGAGAUGAAAUGUUGCAAGUUUGAAGCUGUGGCUUCCUCUAUAUUAAGGCUUGCAUCUAGAGAUAAAGAUACUCACAUAACUUGUUCUGUUGAAAUACAGGGUCAUGUGUUGCUCUGUAGACCUGAUAGACAGGGUAUUUAAAAGAAGUGCCCUGAAUUUCUAAGAACUUAACCAGCUUUCAAGGAAACAGGGCCAGAUUUUCCUUGUUUAAGACAAAUUUGCUUAAGACAAAGAUACAAACACAGCCAAUAAAGAUUGCUUUGCUCCAUGCUGCUCUUGAGAGGAAGGUCCUAUUAAAAUCAGCAGGGACUUAUUCCCAAGCAAAAGCUUGAAACAUUUAUACACUCUUACAUCCAACAGCUUGAUCAUGUGCCUUGUAAUGGAUGAAAGUUAGCUGUGGUUUUUUCUCUUAGCACCAGCACAAAACAUACAGUAAUUAUUUAUUGAGACUUGGCUUUUUUUUAGCUGCAAGAGCCUUACAUUUACCCUUUAUUUUCCAAGUGACUUUUAUCUCUAUUUUUAAACAAUAGAUACUUACUGAAGCUUGCUGAAAACUGAGCUGCCUUCACAAUCUACUGGGUAUAAGUACUGUCUUCCAUGUGUCAAAGGGGAGCUGAAGUCUUCUCAAUCUGAGUCAAUUCUAUUUCUCUACUUUGCAGUAAACUUUAUGAUGAAGUAAACUUUAAAAUAUUGAUUGCUGGGGAAAAAAAACCCUAACAUUUGAAGUGCCUUGGGCAGAUUCUGCAUGGGCCAAAAACAGUGGUGUGAAAACAGUGUAAACCCUUUUACACUGUUUUAAACCAUUUUAUACCAGUUUCACACUGCUGUUUUUGGCCUGUGCGGAAUCUGCCUUGAUGUCCCAGCUACAUUUCAGGAAGGAUUUGUAUAAUGUGAAACUGUUCAAGUAAUCUGAAGGUUAAAGGUUUGACUGGUCUGUGGGUCUCUCCCCCCCCCCCCCAUCUUUAAUUAAGGGUAAUAAUCUCUGUCUGAUGUUGAUGUUAAAUUAUUUAGGGGUUUCUAGAAGAUAGCUGCUAAUUCUGAAAAAAACAACAAACCACCAAUAUGCCCUCAUGAGUUUCUGACAAGGGAAAAGAGGACUUUUGGAUACCAAGCUGUGGACCACUGAAUCUGAGCUGCUCUUUCUUGCUUGAUUCUUGUGCCACAUCAGUGGACUCAACACAGCAUGACAUACUCACAGAAUCUGCUCAACUCUAGACUGUGGGGAGAGGGGAUUAGUUAUAGAAACUGGACCAAAAACAAGUGAUUAUUUUCCUUUCAUGUAAUACCUUAUAAUAAUCGCAUAUGAUGAGAAUUGGCUAAAUGUGUGGCUCAUUCCUGGGGCUAAUUUCUGUAGCAUCUGCAUUCAGUAACGCUAUAUCAAGGCAAAAGUUGAUCUUGCGGGACGCAAGGGAGAAGAGUACCACUCAGUUACAUCAUUGUUAUAUGAUUACUGAAUGUGUUCAGUACAGCAGAAUAAUUGGUAACUUUCUUUUAAACCGGUCGACUUGACUGAAUCCUUGAAAUGUUGCUUACACAUCCUGGUAGCCUAAUGGAUUCAAUAUAGUAAUGCAGAACCGUUAAGCAAUACUUUAGAAAGAAUCCUCAUAUUUUGAAGGCAUGAUUGGCUCCAUUUGAUGCUUAGAACAUGGAGCAGAAAUAAGUGCUUAUUAAUUGCUGUCCCCCUGAAUGUGGCUUAUUUCAUUCUUUAGUUUGUUUUAAUAAGCAAGAAAAAUAUGCCAGUGUCUUCUCUGAACAUGGAAACAAAAAGCAAUAGCCAAUAGGCUUUGGGCCCAGUAUCCCAGCAGCUUUACUCCUCUGUAAUUUUCAUGUCUUUGACUGCACUGAACUUUUAAAAUGAAAUUCAUCUUUCACAUUUUUCUUGAACUUUGUAUAGCCUUAAUCUCAUCUGUGUAACUCCAUCACUUGAGCAGAUACUACUCUGUCUUAGUCUGUUCUUUUAUUGGCUGAUUUUGUGUCACUGGAAUCACACUGUAUGUAAAUAUUUGACUUUGGAAAAUGUAAUUUAUUUUAACUUUUUUCAAUAAAGUUUUUUUCAUUAA